CAAAAGCUUAAGCCUUCAACAGUGGUAUCAGAGCCUCCCUUUCUCAAACGAGAAUUUUCCAAUACCCAUGGCCUCCUCCAACAGCACCACCCCUGCAGUUGGUGAAACAACCCCCAAUUCCGCUGCCACUUUCCUCACUCCAACCAAUCGAGGCCUUAUCUCUUUCAAUGCUGGCGCUUUCCCUCUCAAGCUCACCCCGAACAACUACCCAUCCUGGCGAUCUCAAUUCACCAGUUUACUUGCUGGAUAUGAACUUCUUGAAUUCAUUGAUGGCACACAUCCUUGCCCAGUGGCCACUGACCCACUUUACCGUCCUUGGGCUCGACAGGACCAGCUCCUGCGUCAUGCUCUCAUUACCUCUGUCUCUGAGAGCAUCACACCCUAUAUUGCUGCUGCUCCUACGGCUCAACAUGCAUGGGAAACCCUUGAGAAACUCUAUGCCAACCGUUCCCGCACUCGAGUCAUCACCCUCAAGGAACGGCUGCAAAAUUUGCGCCGAGAUGGCCGUCCUGUCUUCGACUAUCUCCGCUCCAUCAAAGCUAUUGCUGAUGAACUAGGAACUGUUGAUCGCCCCCUCACAGAUGAUGAUCUCACCGUCUACAUCCUAAAUGGAUUGGGUCCUGAGUUUCGUGAAAUUGCAGCCUCCCUUCGUACUCGUGACUCCUCUUUGUCUUUUGAUGAUCUCCAUGAUCGGCUGGUGGCCCAUGAAGAGAGCCUAAAACGAGAUGAACCCAAACUUGACUCCGCUCCGGUGAGUGCCAUGUUUGCUGCUUUUCCUAACUCACAAACUGUUGCAGGUUCCUCCUCUUCAUCUGCUGGUCUUCUUCCCACGCCACCUGGUGGUCGACUUGCUCCAAGCAGCAGGAGCCCUCGCAAUGGCCCAAUCUCAAGCCGGCCCCCUAUCAAUAGAAGGCGUGGUCCUUUCCCUCAGUUCCCCAACAGGCCUGCACCCAUCAUCUGCCAGCUUUGUGGUACUCCUGGUCACUCUGCUCGCACUUGCUCUCUCUUUCAGACACAACAAGGCCCUCUUGCUAGCAUGGCUACAUCCUCUGUUGGGUCCCCUGAUACUUGGCUUUUGGAUUCUGGAGCAUCUCACCAUGUCACUACUGACCUGGCCAACCUUGCAUUACACUCUGAAUAUCAUGGACCAGACGAACUCCAAAUAGGUGAUGGAACAGGUUUGUAAAUUACACAUGUGGGGCACUCCACACUUUCUACUCCCUCUACCUCUAUUCCCUUGCAUAAUAUCUUAUGUGUUCCCAAUGCAUCCCGCAACCUAUUAUCUGUUUCUCAAUUAUGUGAAAGCGCUAAUGCCUAUGUUGAAU